CUACUCUACUAAGUUCGUUGUUAUACCCUAGUAUACAAUACACCUAGAUAUUGCGAUGGCUACACCUACAUAUAUAUGUAGGUUACUAUAAAGAACUGUAUAUGCAUAUAUAUACGGCAUACCACAUACGUGUAAUAACACUUUGGAAGUAGUUUAUGAUGAUCAUGAUGAUGAGGAAGAGCAUCACUUGUUUCUAAUGCUAAUAGACGUAGUUCUCUUUGCUAAUGAUGCUGCCCACAAACGUUAUCGUCGUAGGGUGUAACUAGUUUAAACGCAUCGGUUACAGUUGCGGGAGUUUGCGGAUGCGGAUGUUUGCGGUUUCUAGCGGUUUUAAGAAAUUUGUACAACUGAUUAUGUGGUUAGAAAUUGGUGCAUUUGCGGAAUACUUAUAUGACUGUUUAACCAUCAGAUGCAACAUCAGCAGUUAAAUAAUAAAUUAACAAUAUUUACAUUUUAUAUAAUUAUUAAACAUAUCAAAAAUCAUAAUAUUAUAAUAAAUAUAAAAAUUAUAUUUAAAUAGUUAUAUUUUUAAAUUUUAAAAAAUUAUAGAAAAUAUUUUUAUUUUAAAAUUUUAUAAUAUUAAUUAAAAUAUGAAAUAGAUAUAUUUUAGUAUUUUUAUAAUUCUAAUUUAAAAUUUUUAUUGAAUAUUUUUAUUUUUAUAUUUAUAUUGUUUAAAAAAAAUUAUUCUCCCGCAACCGCAAACGCUAGCUGGAACCAGUUUUGAAUUUAUGAGGUUUAAAACGGUUUGAACCGAUUUAGAGCGGUUUGAGUGAUUGUUGCAAAACGCCAAUAACCGCUAUCAACCGAAAAAAUUGCGUUUGUGCGUGGUAGCGGGGAAACCAAUCAUGCCCUUAGAGCAUAUGCAAUGGGAGUCUUUAAAGGAGAGUCCUUAGGGAAAAAAUAAUUAAAUAAUCAGUGGAUCCCACCAAAAACCAAAGAUUCAAUCCUUAAAAUCCCUAAAUAAAAAUUCUUUUUUAGUGAAUCUUUGUACUAUUUGCGGGUCUCCACAAUAUCUGGCGAUCUGCGAUUGGUUGAUAUUUUUUUUUAUCUAAAAAAGAAAAAAAUACUUAAAAUAUCAAAAUACACUUUUUCUAAAGACUCAUCUCAGAAAAACACAAUUGCUUAGUGUUGUUCCGUAAGCUACAAUCUCUUAUAACAAUUUCUUAUAUAUACUGUGGACGAUAACAUCCUGUUUCUUAACCUAUCUCUCAUAUUCGUCUCAUACGAUCUCUCUUGUCAUUCAUUUGAAAGAAAAAUAUUGAGAACUAACUAAACAAAUAAAAGGAACUACACUAUUUCAAAUCUCGUGAAUUAUAUAUAUGCCGGAUCAAAAAUUUAUGGGCAAAAAACAUUAUUUGGUUUUUCUUAAUGUUGGAUAACUAUGCUAUUGUAAAUUAUGAAAAAUAUUAUAACGAUUAUAUAAUUGAUGAUUCUAUUUUUUAUAAAGAUUCACAUUUGACUGCAUCACUCUGAGCCGACUUAUGAAAUCCACAAUUUAUGGUAUUUUUUGCUCCAUCUUUUAUAAGAUUUUUCUCCAGCACAAUUUUGCCUUCUAUAAGAUUCAGAGCUUCGACUUCAUGAUGUAUAACAUUAGUGACCACUUUGUCAAACAUUGAACUAAAGGAGUUUUGGCAAACAUUAUCAGGUUUAUCUUACUAAAAAGUUAUGGAUAGUAUAUGGACCAUGUGGUCUACGUAUGAUAGUUCUUAGAUUAAAAAAUAAUUGGGAUUAAGAUGGAUUUUUCAUCCGGUUGUCCUUAGAACCGGUCCAGCAACUAGACCUACUUUGACUUAUUCACCUCAUUCAUAGGACAUGAACAUGUUCCAUGUUUGCUCCUUUGCUACUUAAUCCUAUUAAACGUCCAUUACCCUUUUUUGAAGACAUUUUUAACCUUUUUCCGUAGCAAAUGAAUGUCGAUGCAAAUACUUUUAGGAUAUUUCUUAUAAUUUCAAUUUCAUAUACUAAAAAUUCGACAUAUCUAUCUAUUCACCAUCUCAGAAAAGGGCAUUAUUUAACGUGCAAUGUAGGUUUUAAUUAAUCACUAUCUUUUUUUUUUUUUUUUUUGUAAAACAUUUAAUCACUAUCUUUGAUUGGUAUGUAUAACGCAUACGUCAGAAACCAUAUGAAUUAUUUAUAAUUUAUCCUAUGGGAUUCACAUGGUGUAAACCAGUCAAACUAAAUCUUUUGAAUUGUAGGCGCCAAUGAAACUUCAUAAAUUUUAAAAGAAAGUAAAAAUGUAAAACAAAUGGGGUAUAUUCGUAUAGAGAUGGCCGAAAGGUUGAAAGAGUUGAAAUGAAUGUAGGUAAUGUUCCAAAAACAAACGACAUAAAUUUUAAUUUCUAAAAGAGAAAAAAAAAAACAAAUGAAUGAAUGAAUGUAUUUUGACUGUUCACUCUCUCCAUCUUACGUUCACCACUCUUCUUGCUAUAAGUUAGAUUCUUUCCUCCUUUUGUCUUCAUAAACUCCUUACAUACAUGAUGUAUACGUAAAGUUGUCCUUUUAACUGUUUUAAAAGUUGUCAUUUAUCUGCCUAAGUAUAUGUAAGUUUUAACAAAUCUUUAUUUUUAUUUUUGAAAAGGGCAAUAUAUCUUUAUUGUUAUUAUUUCUCAAUAUUUUCCAAUUUAAACAUGUUUGACUCAAAAGAUUUGAAUGUGAAUUUAGUCUACUGAAAGAGGUUUAUGUAAAGAUGCAUUGUAUACAUAACGUGGUUAGUACUACGUAUCAAUAGUUGACAACAACAAAAUUUUUUGCGUCAACAAUGCAUGGCUUUUUCACAAUACAGGAAUUUUGCAAAUAUAAAUCGAUUGAUGGGAGGGUAAUUUAAGUAAGUUACCACUAAUUAGUGAUAAGUGAAAACGUAAUAGAGACAUUUGACUCGUAAGUAACGGUAUUAACUGUCCGACACUUUAUGAUAACUACUAAACAAAUGAUUUGUCCCUCUCUGACCUUUGACUGUCCCUCUUUUCACCAUUUACAAAUCCAUUUUCUUCCCUUUUCCUUUCUUGUUUUUUUGUCUCCUCUUUUCUUCAAUUCCUUAAUUUGUGGAUUUAGCGUCGGUCCGUUGAAGAAAAAAACAAGUUUGGGGGUUCUAUUUUCGGUUCAAAGUGGUAAAUGUCUGUUCCUUUUGGGUUUCAAAGUCAUAAAUCUAAAAUAUUGUCGGAAUCAUAUCGAACUUUUUUUGGUUUUAAAGAAUUAUAUCUAUAUCGACCUUUAUUGAUAGUUUUGCAUUAAGUUUCACGUCUUGUACAUUAAAGUAUUUACCCAUGCAAUCAUAACAUAGUCUCAUACGUGGACUGUCCUCUUAAAAGAUGUCAAAAUUCUAGGAAAAAGUUACAUUUAAAAACUAGAGGUAUCAUUUCUGUACGAAAUAGUGUUGUGUGACUCCAUAACAUCUUGUUUGUUUUUUGAACUUAAUAUAACAUCUUGUUUGUUUCAACGACAAAACCAACCCGUAUAAGAAUAAGUCAUAGUUAACUCCAAUGCACAUUAACAUAUUCAAACAUUUUUAAUAAGAAAUUCGAUGGACAUUCGACAAUAAGAAUUUUAUCCUGCCUCCCAAUUAGCAUUUUCUUAAUUUAAAUAUGCCGUUUGCAUCCAAUACACAAAGCAUCUCAAAAUAUUUGUUUACCAACAACAAAAACAAGAAUAAAUCAUUAAAAUAGUUCAUAAAAGCUAAAAAAAUACAGUAGAUGCUAUAUUUAAAAGGUUUUUAUUCCGAAUAUACUAUUUCUGUUCUUUUUCAACACUACUACAAAAAAAUUGUGUGAGGAUAUAUUAUCCUUUAUUUUAAGAAAUUAUAUACAAUAUUGAGAUACUAUGUUUGGUUUAAGUUUUUCAUUUAAGGUUUAAUAAAGGUUUUGAGUCAUUUUUAAUCAUGAAUCUAUGGUACUACUGACAAAAUAGUGGUGAUAGCUUGGAACAAAACCUAAAACAGUGAAUAAAUAUAUUGUCUUCUUUUUAAUAUACUUCGGAAAAAAAUAAUAUGGUAAAAAGUUGUCCAGCUUUUUUACAGCCAGAGCUUAAAUGAAAAAGUAAUAUGGGUUAAUAAUUUUUUCAUCUUCAUCUCCUUAAUCUUAAAUUAAAUCAAAUUAAGCAUUUCUUUUUGUCAGGCAUGGAUAUAUAAUAACCCAUAUAUAUUCAGUAGAAAGCGCGGAGCCUUUCCUAUGUCUGCAUAGAAAUUGAUAAUUAUAAAUACUUAGACCAUCUCCAAUGGCUUACUCUAUUUUUUACUCUAAAAUAGAGUAACUCUAUAAUAGAGUUUGAAUUUGCUCCAAUGAUACUUUAAAAUAGAGUAAAAAAUAGAGUGAUGAACAAAAAAAAAACAAAUUACUCUAUAUUUAGAGUAAACCUAUUUUUUACUCUAUUAUAGAGUGAAAAAUAGAGUACCAUUGGCGCAUUUUUUACUCUAAACUCUAUUUUAGAGUAAAAAAUAGAGUGGGGUUGGAGAUGCUCUUUAACAAAAUUGUAUUGGGCAAUUCUAAUAUGAAUGAAUUUCUUUAACUGAUAAGUAAAUUUAUAAAGGAUUCAAGUUUCAUCUUUCGAAAGAACUUUUCUUAAUUUAACAAAAACCUUUUAUAAAAGGAAGUAAAAAAUGUUGACCUGUUUGAAAAGGUUGAGAACCACUCCAAGAAAAUUGAUAUUUAUAAAUACUUAGGAACCACUUUAUGAACAGAAUGAACUAGUUGUAUGACUAACUUAAUACUUUUUCUUUCUUUAUGAACUUCUUUUAGUUAAAGUGAUUUAGGAUUCCGUUAGAUGUUUGUUAAUGCUAUGUCACUAUAUGUCUUUGAAAUCAUGUCAAAAUCGAUUGGAGACAAAUAUUAACCUUAUGUAAAAAAGGAUAAUUUGUUCUUCAAACGUCCACCUUUCAAAUUGUCUUUUUGUUUUGUUUUUUUUUCUGUACAGACUAUAAAAAAGAUUCGAGUAUAAAACCUCUUGUGCUCAUUUUCAAAUAUUUAACGCUUUCAAAUUGGACCGCAUGAAAGUAUUAUCUGAUUAAAUUGUGGUAUCAAUACCAUCGUCAUGGUUAUUAUAAUAAAAUAAAAAUUGGGUCGGAAGUGAAAAACCCAAGAAGAAUGUGAAGUGAAACUAGAGAUGAAAAAGAAAAACAAGAGAAAAAUGCGCAUGCAAGCAUGCAGAUAUACUAAUACAAACUAUUUUACAAACUUACUUAUUUGUUUAUAGAAGGAAUGGGUUGCAUCUACUCAGAUCUUGGGAUUGUAAUUAUUUUAUUUUCUUAUUUAAAUACUCAUACGCUAUAUACACAUGUUAUAAACAAAUAUAUAUGAUCUGAAGUAUAUUGUAAGUGUUUGCUUACAGUUAAGUAUAAGAGUGUUGGGGUUACUGGUAUUCCAAGCCAACAUGUCAAUAGGGUUUUUACCAAAAAAAACAUGUCAAUAGGGUUACGAUAGAGUCUUAACGAAACUAGUGUUUUUUUUUUCUUAUUAGUUUUAGCUCUCAGCUUUCGAUUUUAAAUUUUUUAUUUUUCAAUAAAUCAAGAUUAUAUAAAAGGUUCUCCUGAAAUGGGAAGUGUAACAAUAAAUUUUAUUUUUUAUUCUUUCAAAAGGCGAUAAUUUGCAUAUGUUUUUGAAUUCAUAACUUUAAAAUUCAACGAUGAUUUAAUGAUUACUUUAUUCUGAAAGAGAAAGACAAAAAUAAUAGUCUAAAAAAACUAAAGAAUUUUAUAUCACAAUUCCAUACUAUAGCUUAGGAUGGUGAAAAUGAAUAUAGGGGAAUAAAAAUAGAAGAAACGUUUUCUAUGCAAAGAACAAGAAGAAGGUUGUCCACAUAGGGAGGAUGAAUUAGGCUACACUGGUAACAUAAGCCAUCACUUUGUUUUUUUUAUUUCAAUCAUCAAUGGCACAUUGCUCCAUAUCCCAGACAUCAUCAUCUCUUUAGAUAAGUGAGUGUGUAUAUAUCUCAUUGCCUCAUUGGUGUAUCCAUGACAUCUACAUGGUUCCAUUAGAAUAUUAGUGUGGCCUUUGUCUUGGUUUUUUUGGUUAUUUAUUUUCCCUUUCUCUAUUUGUUUUUCAAGAGUAUCAGUUAAUUAAUAACGUUUGUACCCAUCUUACACUGUUCACAUAUGCAGAUAUGAUGUCCAUUUUUCUUAUUUUUAUAUAGAAAAUUAAUUAUUUUUCCUAUUCUUGAUUAAGAACGAAAAGUGACGAAGCUUUACUGAAUCAGUUUUUUUUUAAUCACUGAGAGCUUUCUUUAAGAAAUCAUAAGAGGGGGUUAAGAAGUCUAAACACGAUAUAUAUGAUCUUUAACAACAAAGAACACAACUGAUAAUAAUUCCUUGUGAGAUAUAGCCUGCAUUAACAUGGCAUUUCUAUGUAGUUGGGUGCUUGUGAGUCUAACCAUAAAGUCCAUUACGAAGAACUGUCAUUUAUAUGGAAAGAAAUGUUCUACGCCAUGUCAUAAACUAUUAUCAAUGCAUGGUUUCAGGUUUAAGCGGAGAUUACGGUUUGAUCCAAAUUCCUCUCAAGUAACAAAAAAAAUUGUUAUCUACGACCAUAAAUAAGGUUUAUGGUACUAGUCUAUCAUUGUUGUACGUGAUUUUAUAGUAAGGGGAAAAUUAACACAAAGAAGAAUUCGGUCACGCGUGCCGUGCGGGUAGUGAAAGACGCGUGCUUUAAUUUCUCCCGUGUAAAGACCUCAACAUAAAUCUAAAAAAUAUCGAUUUUUAUUAAAUAUUCAAAUCAACGAUUUAUAAGAUUUUGGUCAAAAAUAUUUUUUUUAUGGGGAAUAAAACAGAAAUGAAGUAUUCAAACAAAGAAAAAAAAAACUUUUUAACGAAAGCCUUCUAUUUUUUUUUCUAAAUUUAAUUAGAUAUUUUUACUUAAAUUUGUAUUAUUAAGUGUUGUGCUAGGCUGCUAGCUUUAGUAAACAUCAAAAAGAAUGUAAUUUAAAAUAAGUAAGCUUAAAUCGAUGACGCACUAUAUAUAUAACAACAACCCUUGAGCCAGGAAACAUUAGUGGUGAGGAUAAAAACAACUCCCAAAAUAAAUUAUUUUUUUCAGAUUUAGUUAGGUUUCUUUGUCACUCAUAACUGUCUUGCGAAAUUAGAUUCUUGUGCUGAAAGAAACCUUAAAAUUGUUUACCUUUUCUCUUUCCGGAGAGGGUUUAUAUUUUAUCAUAAGUUUAGGAUCAUAUUCAAUGGAGAUCAAAGCUGAAACGAUGCAAAAGUCAAAGUUCAAAAGAAUAUGUGUCUUUUGUGGAAGCAGCCAAGGCAAGAAGAGUAGUUACCAAGAUGCUGCUGUAGAUCUCGGCAACGAACUGGUAACACAUACAUGACUUUCAACGUAUUUAUGUCUUUGAUUCUGCUGGUUGGUUUUGAGAUAAGAUGAUGUGCAUCUUUGCUUCAUGUAUUUCCUCUUUGAAACGUGCCAAAUGGUCUCAAGGAAAAUUGAUCUAGUCUAUGGAGGUGGGAGCAUAGGCUUGAUGGGUUUGGUUUCACAAGCUGUUCAUGAUGGUGGUCGUCAUGUUAUUGGAAUAAUUCCAAAGACCCUCAUGCCUAGAGAGUUGACUGGUGAAACAGUAGGAGAAGUAAGAGCAGUUGCAGAUAUGCACCAAAGGAAAGCUGAAAUGGCCAAGCACUCUGAUGCUUUUAUUGCCUUACCAGGAGGCUAUGGAACACUUGAAGAAUUGCUUGAGGUCAUAACUUGGGCUCAGCUUGGAAUUCAUGACAAGCCUGUGGGUUUACUCAAUGUUGAUGGAUACUACAACUCUCUGCUUUCAUUCAUCGAUAAAGCCGUUGAAGAAGGAUUCAUCAGCCCGACUGCUCGUGAGAUCAUAGUCUCUGAACCUACUGCUAAAGAGCUUGUGAAGAAGCUUGAGGAAUAUGCACCUUGCCAUGAAAGUGUUGCGUCUAAGCUCUGCUGGGAGAUGGAAAGGACUGGAUAAUGAUUAUUAUCAAGAUCUAAUAUAUCUAGAUAACUUUUUCAAAAAAAAAAAAAAUCUAGAUAACUUUAAAUAUAUCUAGAUAACUAUUUAAAGAUUUUUUUUCUAAGAUUUUAUAUAUAGAUAUGAAAAAUGUCAGAUUUUCACGAUUUUAUUAAUCUUACUAAAAAUGGAAGGAAUAGAUUCCGAUUAGUUGGGGUAAAGUAAAAACAAUUUCCAGUUCGAUGGAAGUUCUUUGUUGUAAAUUAUUAGAACUGUCAUUUUAACUCCAAACUAAAUGUCUUUAAUUCUCUGUAAGAUCAUCAACUCUGUUCUGUAACCAACAAAAGUUUCACA